AUGUAGGCUAUGGCAGGAGCAAGUGAAUCGGUUUUUUAGUUUAGAGUUAAUGGAGCGGUCCUGGUCUCAAUUUAUGCAGCUUGAGGAGUAUGGAAAAGCAUCAUUCUUUACGUGUGAAGAAGUAGAUAUGGUCUUGUCUGAAGUCGCAAAGAUUGAGAAGUGGAAGCAAUGCUGCAGGGAUGCUAUAAGAAACUUUGUUGGAGAUGAGAGCUCAACGCUCUGUGCCUUGCAGAAGAUCAAAGAAUCCCUAGAUAGAUCGUUGUACGUAUACGAAAAGUCUAAGAGCUGUGAAGGAGUAUGUCUCUACAUGUGCUGUAUAAAUGGUUCUGAGGAUUGGGAUUUUGUAACAUGUUCAGCAUGCAAGGACUGCUACCAUUUGCUGUGUCUGGGAUAUAGAAAUAAUCCAGAAGAAGUAUAUACAUGCUCAUAUUGUAAGCUUCUUGCUGGUGGAUUAAUACCUCCCAACAGAGGGACUUAAUGGAAAGUAUUCAGACUUGGAGCUUCUCUCUAAUCUUGUAUCUGUGGAUG